UACAAUGUGGGCGAGCCGUCGCCGUUCAUGAAGCGGGUGCUGGUGCCGUUCUGGGUGGCACGCAUCUUGCUGAUGCUGUUCGAGAUCGGCGUGUACGCGCUGAGCAUCGGGGUGGUCGCGCACUACCGGGAGAACCUGAGCAGCUACGAGCGCGCGCACCCGGACGAGUACAACGUCAACGUGGCGCGGGUCAUCGCCAUCGCGUCCGUCAUCCUCGUCAUCAUCCUCGCGUGUCUGGUGCUCGACAUUGUGUGCAUCGUCAUGCGCGCGCGCCGCACCCUCAGCCCGCGCCUGUUCCUCAUCAUCAACGUCGCCCAGUCCACCGUCUGGGUCGUGCUGUUCAUCCUGUCCAUGGUCGGCUCGCCAGGGCCGUUGGCGCUGCUCCUGAAUGUUGUCAUCCUCCUCUCCUUCCUCGGCGUGCUCAUCUACGCCUCGGUCGUCUUCCACCGCUUCCGCAAGGGCAAGAUCGUCCCCGCCUACGCGGCCGCGCUUAACCCG